AUGAAUUGCUUCUUGGUAUAUGGAACGCAAUCACUUGCUGAUGAUCUCGGAAAUGAGACCAUUCCUCAUCAAAAAAUGACAUGUUCAAAUGCGCAGGUUUACAACAAAGAAGGAGGCCGAAAACUUAAUUUUGAAAUUCUCAUAGGAAUUUUAACCCUUUUGAUCUGCCUGCAUUCUUUGCAGUCUGUCGAUGUUAAUGUUGGAAUCUUAAAUCUUGAGUCUUUUCUUACAGUUACCAAAACCUUAGUGGAUUUGUCAUUUUCCAAAUCUCAGGAAACGUUUACAAAUGAAUUUAAUGUAACCUUUAAUGUAUAUAUCGAAAUUUAUGAGCUUUUUGGAAAGUCUGGAUUACUCCAUGAAUUGGACAACAUAUUUUCGAACACGUCUUUAAGUGUUCUGGUUGCUUAUGUACCUGAUAAAUAUGUUCAGGUUCUGAACACGCUUGCAAUGGACUACUCAAAACCUUUGGUGCUAGCCAAUAAUUAUUUACCUCAUCAAGAUAAUCGCAUUGUUUUAUCAAUGUCCAGUGGUUUUGAUGUUACCUCAGAAGCCAUGGUGGAAUAUUUGGAGUGGUUUAGAUGGCAAAAUGUUGCCAUUAUUGCAGCAGAUGAUAUGUUUUGGCGACAGAUGGUACCUGUACUUGAAAACGAGCUCAUGAAACAAGGCUUUAACGUAAAACGCACUCACCUCGUCACCAACCUGUCAGAUUCGAGUGUUGUUGGAAGUAUUCUCAGUGACAUCUCUUCUUCGGAAAAAGCCAUAAUUUUGGCCAUGAAUCCAACCGAUGCAGUGUCUCUAAUGGACAUUGCAGAUAGCCUGGGGACUGUGGGUCAUGUCUACUUUCUGCCUGCCAGAUCUCCGUUUUUUAACACAAGCAUUAUCAAUAAAGGUGUGCAAAAUUUGGGAUCUCACACCUAUCAAUCCCUUUUCGUUUUAUAUCCAGUGUUCAAUUCGACGGUGAGACCUUAUAACACAACAACCCACGAACCGGAAAGAUAUGAUUACGUCAGCAAAUCAUUGUACGAUGCUGCUACCUGUAUAUUUCAAGGAAUGUACAACAGCUACAGGAAUAUUUCUCUAAGGAAUCAAAGAAGUGUAUUGGAUUUAGUAGGGGCACAGUUUACAAAUGGUAAUGAAACAUUUACUUAUUCUGCGACGGGAGAGCGUUACUUUCACUUUGGCUUACUAGACAUCGAGGAAAAUCUUGGAAGAUUAACAUUCAGCAGGGUCAUAUACAAACAGAAUAAAAAUGGUGGCUGGAUACAAGGGAUUAUUAGCGAUAUUGACUGGGCAGACGACAAAGCUGUACAACCAGAUUCGUGUUUCAUGGGCCAAGACUGUACCCCAACAGAUGAAAUAAAUCUCGCUGUUGCCGUGGCUGUUCCAGUUACCUUACUAGUUAUUGUAGGAGUAGGAUCAUUUAUACUUAUUGUGCUUUGGAAAAAGCAAAGAAAGAUCAACAUGACCAAAGGACCUAAUAAGAUUCUUCUUGAAACGGACGACCUUACCUAUCUGCAUAAAAAAGAGGCAAAAUCUGUCAAAAUUAACAGUGGUCCAUUUCUUGACAAACCUGAUUUGGUGAAAACCUCGGAGAAAUCCAAUCGUUCAUUGGCCAGCCUUCACGAAUUCUCCGAGUUUUCUGAAAUAGCAAAAUACAAGGGAGAUGUGGUCUUUGUGAAGGAGAUCAAAGUAAAGGGAUUUGAAAUAAAAGGCAAACUCCUGUCAUAUAUACGUACGUUGCGAGACAUACGCCAUGAAAACGUGAAUCCUCUAUACGGCUUCCUCAUUGAUCCUUUGAGGCCGGCUCUCGUCUCAGAGUAUUGUAGCCGGGGGAGCCUCUGGGAUGUGCUGAAGAACGAAAAUAUUAAACUAGAUUGGGACUUCAAGGUGUCCUUAUUGACAGACGCGGUCAGGGGGCUUAGAUUCAUCCAAAACUCCACCAUUCGGUACCAUGGAAAUUUGAAGUCCCGGAACUGUGUCAUAGAUAGUCGUUGGGUGUUGAAACUGUCGGAUUUCGGAAUGCCAGGGUUUAGAGAAUGUGCCAAAAUGACGGCCAACUACGAUGUAGAACAGUUGCUCUGGACAGCUCCAGAACAUUUACGGAACCCAUUUCCAGGAAUGAAAGGGUCUGAGAAGGGCGAUAUUUAUAGCCUUUCUAUUAUAACACAGGAAGUUAUAUUAAGACAGGAACCAUAUGCAAUGCUGGAGUAUAAAACAAAAGAACUAAUACAAAGACUGAGGAAUCCUCCACCCCUCACCCGUCCAAAAGUGUCCCCUCAAGCAGCGCAGCCACAAUACAUCAUGUUAAUGAAACAGUGCUGGUCAGAAAACCCCGACCUCAGACCCUCAAUUGAGGACAUCUACCAACAGUACAAAUCAAUUGCUGGGGGAAAAAAAACAAACAUUGUUGACUCUAUGUUUCGGAUGUUGGAGAAGUAUUCUAAUGAUUUGGAGGAUAUAGUGAAAGAACGAACUAUUCAGUUAGAGGAGGAAAAGAAAAAGACUGACCUCCUCCUGUUUAGAAUGUUACCUCCGACAGUGGCUGAAAAACUCAAGUUAGGACAGCCUAUAGAGGCAGAGGAAUUUUCUGAGGUGACAAUAUACUUCAGCGACAUCGUUGGAUUUACAACGAUAUCAGCACGAAGUACACCAAUGCAAGUCGUUGACCUUUUAAAUGACCUCUACACAAUGUUUGAUGGUACUAUAGACAAUUACGAUGUCUACAAGGUGGAAACCAUCGGAGACGCCUACAUGGUCGUUAGUGGUAUACCAGUGCCAAAUGGAAACCGUCAUGCCGGAGAAAUCGGUACAAUGGCGCUCGAUCUUCUUAGUCAGUGCGGGACAUUCACUAUACGUCACAUGCCGGAAGUUCCUUUACGACUGCGUAUUGGACUUCACUCUGGGCCAUGUGUGGCAGGAGUUGUCGGACUUACUAUGCCAAGAUACUGUCUCUUCGGAGACACAGUUAAUACAGCUUCCAGAAUGGAGUCUACUGGUGCAGCAUUUAGGAUACAUAUCAGUCAGACGACAAAAGUUGUUCUUGAUGGACUUGGAGGAUAUGGGAUAGACUACCGAGGCGAGGUGGAAUUAAAGGGUAAAGGCAUGGCCAAGACGUACUGGUUGAUCGGAAAAGAUGGAUUUACGAAACCUCUUCCAGAGCCCCCGCCAUUAAAUGAUGGAUGUAAUCACGGACUAGAAUCAAUACUAAAUCCCGUUGCAUCCUCGACGGCGGACCUAAAAGACAGCACUGCUUCUAGCGAAAAUGGUGGUCUUAGGAAUAUAUCUCCCUCUAAAGAUCAGAAAGUUCCUCACAAAGAACGAAAUGGUUCAGCAACGAAAGAAAAGCCCGGCAAAACAAAGGGGGUUUCUUAUAAAGGAAAGCCUUCCCCAAAUGAUAAUUUCUCCAACAUUAACGAGGUUUCUAAUAUUAAACAAGAAGACCAUUCUGAAACUUCUAAUUCGCUGGAUUACAAACAAGUUGGAAAGGCAGUCAAUCAUAGCAAUUCUCUUUCUUCACACAAGAGAGAUAAUAUGCAUGAUCAUAAGAAAAGUAGCAAUUAUCGUUUGAAUAAGUAUUCAGAUACGUUGACAGAUAGCAUCAAGACGGAACCCAGUGCAGUGUCUACGUCAGAACUUCAUAUGACUGUCCUCACCAAACACGAAGACAAAGUAACAAAAAAGUUAUCCCCAGUUGCAGAAGUCUAGAAGAUCGACCCGAGUUUGACAAUUAUUGGUAGGUGAUAUCAAGGCUCAAAUAGAAAAAGCGCGGAAUGAGGACCAGUGAUCUCAAAUCUCUUAUGAGGGGUACAUGAUUAAUGAUGCUACAAAUCGCAGAUCGACUGAGAAGAACAUUAUUUGUCUUACUGAAAUUCCUUAAUAUACAUCUUUUUUACGGAGUUAUAUUUGUGCAAAGUAUAUUUAUGUUGCCUGACUUGAUGUUUUAAUUUGUCUGCUUUAAAGUUCUUAGUAAGCACGGUUUUUAGAGGGAGAGCUCCUUAAAAUGAAUUUAGAUAAAGUUUUGACAUGAAAAUAUUAAUAGAUGGUUACUUUGAGCAGAUCAAAAUGAGGAAAGCAUAAAAAAAGCCAAUUUCUAAAAUAAAUUACAAUUGUUAGAUUUAAACUUUAUAAAAAUACUCAUUUACAAUUUUGUCUAGUCAUAACAGUAGCAAAUUAAACAUAUCUAAUCAUAUA